UGUCCUCCGGCCGAGAGGAGGCGCUCGGCUCGGCUCAUCUCGGUUCAUCUCGGCUGGACUCGGCUCUGACCCUCGGCUGUGACGUCACUGCGGUUCAACAAGACCCGGGAAAAACUGAGCCGGAGGACCAGAACCAGAACCGCAGCCGUUAACUGUCCGUCCGUCAUGGUUCAGGAGUUUCACGUCCUCCAGUGUUUCAGCUGUCAGAGCUUCCAGGUUCAACAGGUGAAGAAGGUGCUCAGGUGGAGCUGUAAACUGUGUGGAGAGAAACAGUCGCUGCUGAAGGAGUUUGGGCGGGGCUCCGGGGCCGACUGCAGACGCCAUGUUCAGAAACUCAACGCCACGAGAGGAGCCAAGAUGGAGGAGCAAGAGCACCACACCUGGUCGCUAUGGAAGCAGGUGGAGGCAGACGGAGAGGAUGAGCCUAAGGAAGAUGACCAGGUGAGCCAGGCUCAGGUGAGUCAGGCUCAGGGGAGCCAGAGCCGCUGGAGCAAAUACCUGGGCACACCUGAGGAGGCGGAGCCAGAGGAGGAUGAAGAGGAGAAUGUUGUGAUGGACAGGCAGCAGCUCCGUGGCAACAACAUGAUUGACAGGAACAGGAAGAGGAAGAGAGUAGAAGGAUGGACGGACGCAGGAGGACAGGACAGCUGGACACCUGAAUAGGACUCUGGAGAGGACUAGCGGAGGAAAUAAAGCAGCCGAACAAUUAUCUCUUCACUCGGCACACCUGCUGCUCACCUGUUCCCACCUCCCCAGUAGUCGCUCACUGUUUAUUCUUCUUUGUUGGUUCCUUGUUGUUGCUGCGUGGAGUUUUAGUUUGAAUCUAAAAGACUUUUUCUUUAUUAAAGUGUCCUCGUUGUA